AUGACAUUUCAUCAAAAUGGUUCCUUGCUCCAGAGGUUGGUUCGUCACGCCACGUACGUGAACUUCCCGCGGCCGGAUGAUUGUUCCUACCUUCACACCCUACCGAUAGAAGAGCAGUGUGAGUUUGUGGAGAUGACCGAAGCUUGUGCGGAAAGUCAAUACUACUUCAACUACGUUGGAUAUCUGUAUUGUACCAUUGGUUCCGAUCGGGAGUAUCUCUUCAACUUGGGAUUUGUACUACUGCUGUGCAUUUGUGUUUAUUAUUUCAUCAUUCUGGGCACGACGGCCGACAAGUUCUUUUGUCCCACGCUAGCCGCCAUCGCGAAAGCAUUAAACAUCAGUGAAGCAUUGGCCGGUGUAACGAUUCUCGCCUUCGGCAAUGGAUCGCCAGAUCUGUUCACGGCUGUCGCCAAUCCAGAUGCGGACACGGAGCUGAUGUUUUCGGAACUGCUCGGCUCUGCCGCGUUUGUGAUUGGUGUGAUUGGAGGUGUCGUGUUGCUGAUACAACCAUUCGACUUUGCACCGUGGAGUAUCUCGAGGGAUUUGGCGUUCUUCAUCGCGGCGAUCGUGUGGAUAACGCUGAAAGCGGCUGACGAAAGGUUCAGCCUGUACGAUAGUGCGAUAUUGAUUGGAAUGUACAUACUUUUUCUAUCUCUGGUAAUAUGGGAGUUUAUUAAAGAGAGACAGGAAAUGCACAGGGCACAAUCAAUAAAUAGUGAAACUCACCGAAGACCGCUAAAUCCAACUAACAGACAGAUUACUACAGUAAAUGCUAGUGGAAGUGUGCAACAAGAAGCAAACAUUCCAGCAAAUGAAGGACUACUGGUCGAUUUCUGCAACCGCUUGAAUCCUCUUGAUCCGGAUGAUUGGAGCAAUGGCGGGUGGGUGAUGCGAACGUUCUGUCUGCUUAAGGCUCCCUUUGUUUUACUGCUUUUGCUCACAAUUCCUAUCGUGGACACUGAUGUCGAACGUGACGGAUGGUGUAAGCUGUUAAAUAUCUGUCACUGUCUUACACUGCCUUUGCUGAUUGUGUUCGUAAACGGAGCGGCGUUUCUAAGGUUAGCUAUGGUAUACAUCGUUGUGUGGGUCGUCGUACUCGCCUUGCCUGUUAUGGUAGCUAUCUACUACACAUCAAGAACGGAUCGAUGUCCACGGUAUCACAAGCUGUUUACGCUGCUGAGCUUUGUGGGCUGCAUUCAAGUCAUCUACGUUGUGGCACAGGAAGUCGUCAGUGUGCUCGAAACGGUUGGGAUCGUCCUGAAGCUGUCCAAGUCUGUGCUGGGGCUCUCGUUGCUUGCCUGGGGUAACAGUGUCGGAGAUUUGUUCUCCAACGUGGCGCUGGCAAGGCUUGGUUACGGGAAAAUGGCAUUUGCGGCAUGUUUCGGAGGUCCAUUGUUGAAUCUUUGCUUAGGAUUGGGUCUCACGCUCAUGAUAAAAGCAUUCGGUGUACAUGAUUUGAUUGCAGAUGUUCGUAAAGGAGUAAUGGGAGAGAACUGCGAGGUGUAUCUGUUCCAGAUUCUCACCACAACCUGGUUGUGCUUGCUGUUUACCAACUUUCAAGGACGCCGCAGCGUUGGUCUCGCGAUGAUUGUAACGUACCUGAUGUUUUUGACAUUUUCAUUUUUGGGCGAGUUUGAGCUCAUCCAUCCGUACGGGACGGACCAUCAUCCGGAUCGAAACGAAGGCUAA